CAACGAUCCAGAUCCAUCCACAUGUGACGACGAGCGUCAAGCUUCCCCGUGGCCCGACUGAGGGUUUUGGCUGUGCGGCCUUUCGUCUCAUCUUGGCCCUUUUUUGCAUUUCCUGCUUCCCUCACGCUGGACGACACCUGUACAAUUCUUCUCGAACUCACUACCGAACUUGUCUCAUCUUAAUUCUUCAAAUCUGUGCAGGCCGCCAUCCCAGAAAUCCUAUACUAAUCCCGCCCUUAGCUCGGCACGACACAGCUUAUCUUACGACUUCGACCUCUCGUACCGCCGCGACAUACCACCACCGCCGCCCACUAUGGACUACCCACGCCCGCCCCAGCGCGACUCGUGGUUCGCGCCGCUCUCCAUCGACCUUCUCGUCAAGGUCUUUAAGGUCACUUUCUUCCACCCCUUCAUCUCGUGGAUCAUCCCCCUCUGCUUCCGCGCCCAGGCCCUGCGCUGGGAUGCCCCGCCCAUGGUCGGCUCCAUCGCCUGGGCCACCUUCAUCACGCUGUGCUGGAUGGCCAACGUGAUCAACCAACGCAUCGCGUACGGACUGCCGCGCGACGUCGACCUUAACGAGGAGGUCAUCGUCAUCACCGGCGGCGGCAGCGGCCUGGGUCUCCUCAUCGCCGAGGUAUACGGCAUGCGCGGCGCUACCGUCGCCGUGCUGGAUGUGAACGAUAUGGAGAACGGCGAGGCGAGGGGCGUCACGUUCUACAAGUGCGACGUCACGGACAAGGCGCAAGUUGCGAGGGUCGCGGCCGAGAUUGAAAGAGAUCUCGGCACUCCAACUGUCCUGAUCAACAACGCUGCCAUUGUCAAGGGCAAGUCCCUCCUGGAAUUCGACUUCGAGGAGAUUGAGAAGUCUAUCGCGACGAACCUCACGGCGCACUUCUACACCCUCAAGACCUUCCUCCCGCCCAUGAUCCGUGGCGGCAAUGGCGGCACCGUUGUGACCAUGUCCUCGGUACUCGGCCACCUCGGCGCCGCCCGCCUGACGGACUACGCCGCCGCAAAGGCCGGCGUGACGGCCCUUCACAAGUCCCUGACUGCCGAGCUCGCGGCCUCCCACCCGGAUAUCCGCACCAUACUCGUCGAGCCCGGCCAACUGUCGACGCCGCUCUUCUACGGCGUGCAGACCCCGCACGCUUUUGUCGCGCCCGUCGUCGAGCCCGUCGACGUCUGCAAGGAGGUGAUCGCCGCCAUUGACGCAGGGCGGAGCGCCCAUGUCGCGAUGCCGCUAUACGCGCGCUGGAUUCACUGGUACAACGUGCUUCCCGUCGCCGUGCAGCAGGUCGCGAGACGACUGGCAGGCGUGGAUACCUCAAUGCAGACGUUCAUCGGCAGGCAGGAGAAGGGGAUGGGCGAGAAGAACGGGAGUCUGAUCUAAAGGAGAUGGUCACUGGCCUGCUUGUUGCCAAUCAUCCCUCGAGGAGGCCUGUGGUGCCGGCGCCGGAGGUUCUCUGUAAUACCGACAGCAGGUCACGCAUAUAGCAAAAAUUGUAAAGAUGUAUCUGAGUGGAGAUAUUUCUAAUCUCAAAUUAGAGGUU